AUGAUUGUUCCACUUGCCAGCGUUCUCUUUUCAAUUGGAGCUGAAGCACAACAGAGAAGACUUCGACUUCGUUCGAGGCCAGUUCAACAAAUUGAGAGUGGUGAAGAAGAAACGAGUGAAGAAAUUGGACGUCCCGUCAUUCAAUAUUAUCGUCCACAACCUAAACAAGAUAAUGCUCAAGAAUUAGUUUAUGUUAACGAGGAAGAAUAUCAAAAUCUUUAUGGAGGUCAAGUGACGCCAACAGCAAGACCACGUGAAUAUAAUCGCCCAGCAGUCACCACAGUUCGUCCAAUAUCAAGAAGUCACAAUCUUACCCCACGCACAAAAGACUCAGAAUCAAAAGCUCCGCCAGUUCAAACCAUCAGGAACUACAACAAAGUCAAUGAUGAUGGAUCAUUCACGUUCGGUUAUGAAGCAGCUGAUGGUUCAUUCAAGGAAGAAACUCGCGGUACUGACUGCGUUGUGAGAGGCCGUUACGGAUACAUCGAUCCUGAAGGCAACAAACGUGAAUUCACUUAUGUAAGCGGAAAUCCAUGUGAUCCAAACAAUCCCGACGCAAGUGAAGAAGAAGACGAACGUAAUCAAUCAGUUGAAGAUUCUGAUGAAAACAUUCCCCAGAAUUAUCCAAAACGCCCAAUUGUUCAACGUCCAAGACCAACCGUUCCAUCAACAACUCGCGCUCCAACAACCGUUUUCCAAAAUCGUUACAAUCAUCAAUCAUUAGCUUCAGAGGAAGAAGAGGAAGAAGAUGUUGGUGCCAUUCAAUAUGCUCAAAUUCCUAAGACUUCCCCACGACCAGCUUACGUUCAACCAACUCCACAACGUCCACGUAUUCAGGUAAUUCAAACUACACAGGCUCCAUCGCCACCAGUUACAUAUGCAUCACCAUCAGCAACACCGUCAAUAAACAUUACACCAAAACCAUUGUACAGAAUUCAAAACAAUGUAUUGUCCCUUCAACAGACUAAGCCAUCGCCACCAGCAACCACUUAUCGUCCCCAAACAGUGUCGUUUGUUACACCAAAGCCUGCCCAUGUUACCACCCCAAACUAUCCAACAAGAGCUUCACAAGACGUAACAUUUGCAAGCGGAUCAACGAGAGGUGCAAUUGAUUUCGAUGCUGAAUUUAAAAAGUUCCAAAAUGAAAAUGUUGGCGGCUUCAAGCCAAUUACACCAUCACCAGUUGCACAAACGACAAAAUCAGUUAAAAUCCCGAAAGGAUCAUCUGAUGGAUCAAAUCCUAUUUAUCAGACACAAUUAGUUUACAAUCCAUCAUCGGGACAAUACGAUUCAGCUUUAUAUCAAUCAAUUGCACAAACCGAUAGUGAAUUCCAAUUAAAUCAGCGUAUUCAACCUUACGUUCCACAAUAUCCUGUUCCGCAAUAUCAAGUUUAUCGUCCACAACCUCAACCUCAGCCACAAUCAAGACCUCAACCCCAAGCACAACGACAACAGGCACAACAACAACAAAUCCCUCAACAAAUUUAUCAGAAGCAACAAAAUGAACUUCAAUUUGUGAACUCGCAACAACUUUUCGCACAACAACUUCAAAUGCAACAAUCGCAACUUCAUCGCGACAGAAUUGAAGCGGCCAAGAAACAUCAAUCACCAGCUCAUCGUUUCCAAUUGCAACAAGCUGAACCAUCACCAAUUUUACAAUCUCAAUUACGUGCCCAACCCGGUCAACAGUUCUACUACAUUCAACCAUCAUCACAGCAAAGUAGCGGACAAAUCGAAGCUUUCCUACGAGGUCAUAAUCUGGAGUAUUAAAAGAAGAAAGAAAACGAGUAAAAAAACCAAGAGAUUUAAAUUCAUUGACACGAUUAUCAUUUUAUUGCCAUCGUUACCAUAUGUUAGUCAAUGGAUGAUUUAGCACAUUAAGGGCUUUUAAAUGUUAAAUUCGUGUAGAUUUUUUUGAUACUUGUUUUAUUAUUUUGAGACUUAAACUCAUCGUUUAAACUUUUAUUGGACCAAACAAUCACAUUUUACUUUUGUUAUUUGUUCCUGAUUACUUCCACUCCCAUCCUUUCAUCCAUCCUCGCGUGUAGACAAAUCUUUCAAUGUACAUAAAUGAUGAAAAAGAAUCCCAAUUGUAAUAAACUUAAAUAUUUAAAUAACAUAAAAUUAUUAAUUAUUUACUUACUUCAGUUUUGUUUUAUCUUUUAUUAAAUCUUUUUUGAAUAUUAAAUGUGACGAUAAAAAUUUAUUUUCAUAAAUGCUAAGCCAUCAUUAAACUCAUUGGCACAUUCAUUUAUCAUUCGUCAUGACUUCAAGAGACAUUAAAGAAAAAGAAUAAAAUUUAAAGAUACGAUCAGUGAAAAUUAAAUGAAAUUCAUUGGCAACAAACUGCAAAUCGAGUAAUGUUAAAUUUCAUGAUCGAAAUGUUUUCAUGAAUGAAGAAAGUGAAAGCAAGAGAAGAAAUCCGUUUCGACUUUUAUUUUUAUAGAGACAAUAAAAAAAGUUUGAUAGGUGAGACCAGGAAAAACUUAAUUUAACUCGUUUCUCUAUUAAAAUUAGUGAUCAUGAAAAUGUUUUCUUAAUUGGUUGGGUAGCGAAUAAAUAAUUGAAAUCGGAAAUGUAAAGAAUUUAAUUAAUUAUAACUCACGUACUUUUUGUAUGUUCAAACGAAGAACAUGAAAAUCGAUAAAUAAAAUAAAGAAAGAUGAAAAAGUUAUAAAAUUCG